GCUGAGGAGCUGUAUUUUAUGGGGGAUGCUUUGAGCUAUAGUCUCACAGCAACUGCAGUUCCAGAUUUUCCUGUCUGUAGAUUAAAUGCUCAAAAGAUGAAAAGGCGGCACUCCAGUAAGAUAAAAAGGUGGUUUUAUUCCAACAGGUCACUGACCAACAUCACCUGACGCGUUUCGGGAGUAACUCCCUUAAUCAUAGUUUGUAGAUUAAAUGACUGUGCAUAACGUUAAACACUCAUGUUGUAAAAGGGGCAACACCAUUAUGCAAAAAGAAACCUUGCACCACGAUUAUUCCUUUUCAUUGUAAACACUGUCACUGUUCUUUGUCAGAGAGUUAAAAUUGUGGCAACUCCUGUUUUGCAUACAAACAUAGCAUUGCAAUGAUUCACAUGCAGGCUCAGCUUGGUCGGGAUGACUUUGCAGUAAUUCAGAGAAGAAUGUUUUCCUGUUAAACCACAUCAGUGCACAGAAGUUUAAGCAAAAACAGCGUUCUCAGCAAGAUCGCAGCCUUUCUCGCUACAGCCAAAACAUUAUAAAAAUCUGCCUUUGCUAAGUCAGACAUUUCAGCCAAGUAGAAAAUUCUGGAACCCAGCAAUGUCACAUAGAGAAGAUAUGCGAGAGAAUAUGGAAGGAUCUUUGGAGUUAAACUGUAAGAUAGAAAAGUUACGCUGGUCUCCAUCGGGUCUACAGUGGAACUGUGACAGCACCUCUUAGGAUUUUGCGUUAUAAGUCUGACUGGCAACUUUCUGUAACAUGACAGAAUUUAUAUAACAGAGACGUGUUUUGGCAUAGUAUAGUUAAUUCCAUGACAAAGAUGAAUGAAGAACUGCAGAGAUUAAACUGCUAACUUUGCUGCAGUGUAAAUCACAUGGCAUUGUUUUGUGCAUUCUCUAACCCGAAUUCAAGAAUGCUAUGUCCAAGGCAAAAAAAACAACCCAGUCUUAAAAACUGCUCAGCCAUUGCGGUCCCAUCUAUGAAAGGACAUGGAUAUCUCGAUUACACCAUUGAAAACCAUACUUCGAAGGCUUUUGAGAAAAUGGAUGAACUGAGAAGAAAUAACCUGCUGUGUGAUGUUCUUUUGAGAGUCAGUCAUAAUGGUAAAGAGGAAAACUUUCACGCUCACAAGAUAGUUCUUGCUUCUUGCAGCCCGUUCUUCAGGGCCAUGUUUACCAAUAACUUUCGUGAGUGCCAUGCUCGGGAGGUCACCAUCAAAGACAUUUGCCCCAAAGUAAUGCAAUGGUUAAUUGAAUUUGCAUACACUUCAAGAAUAACUGUUGGGGAAAAGUGUGUUUUGCAUGUACUUUUGGCUGCCAUGAGAUAUCAAAUGGAAGAUGUGGCCAAAGCCUGCAGUGACUUCCUUGUUAAACACUUGGAUUCCAGCAAUGUCAUUGGGAUUUCUAAUUUUGCGGAGCAAAUUGGAUGCAUAGAGUUGUACCGAAAAGGAAGAGAAUACAUCAAUACACACUUUAGUGAGGUCACAAAUGAGGAGGAGUUUUUUAAUUUAAGUCAUUGUGAGCUACUGGACCUGGUCAGCCAAGACAGUCUAAAUGUACUUUGUGAGUCUGAAGUAUACAACGCUUGCUUAAAGUGGAUGCAGUGGGAUCUGAACAACAGGGCACAGUAUUUCCACGCCCUGCUAAAUGCUGUUCAUCUUUAUUCCCUGCCCGCAAAAUUCCUGGAGAUUCAGCUAAAGAAGUGUCCCAUCCUCAGUAAGGAAAACAGAUGCAGAGUCUAUCUAUCUAAAGUUUUCCAGGAAAUGUGUUUGCACAAACCACUACCUCGACCCAAACAUAGAGGCAACCAGUUAAUAUAUGUAGCAGGGGGCUAUCUCCAAAACUCACUGAAUUCCAUGGAUGCAUAUAACCCACAGACUGAAGAAUGGAUAAAGCUAGCUGACAUGCUGGAACCAAGGAGUGGAUUAGGGGCUUGUAUUGUAUCCGGUUUAUUUUAUGCAGUGGGAGGGAGAAAUAACUCUUGCCAAGAAAAUACAGAUUCAGACUUAGUAAGUUUCUUCAACCCUGUCACAAACCAGUGGACAUCAAGAGCGCCUAUGAAUUUGCCCAGAAACCGGGUUGGAGUGGCUGAGAUAGAUGGAGCCAUUUAUGCUGUUGGAGGGUCCUGUGGAUCUGAACACCACAAAAGUGUUGAAAAGUAUGAUCCAGAUAAUGACAGGUGGACAUUUGUUGCCUCUAUGCCAAUUGCACGUAUUGGUGCCGGGGUGGUUGUGUGUCGGGGCCGUUUGUAUGUAGUUGGUGGAUUUGAUGGAGAAACACGCUGGAACACUGUGGACUGUUAUAAUCCUGAAGAAGACCAGUGGCAACCUGUGGCUUCUAUUGAGACUAUUCGAAGUGGGGCAGGAGUGGUGGCUCUGGAUGACUACCUGUAUGCUGUUGGAGGCUAUGAUGGUACCAAUCAGUUAGACAGUGUAGAGCGAUACAACAUUGAGAGAAAUUACUGGGAGGCCAUGGCACCAAUGAAACACAGACGAAGCGCCCAUGGUGUGACUGUUCAUCAAGGAAAGAUAUAUGCUCUCGGUGGAUUUAACGCUGGAGGUUUCCUCUCAUCUGUCGAAUGCUACUGCCCAGAUAGGAAUGAGUGGGCAGAAGUAACUGAGAUGCCCACAGGUUGCAGCGGCAUGGGCGUGGCAGUAACCAUGGAACCUUGCCCUCAACUUUGUGAUAAAAAUGAAGAGAACUGAUCUGUUCUGAUUAUUUAGUCCACAGUCCAGCUGAAAUGCAUCUUUAACAGAGUUAUUGGCUACCUCAUUCCAUCAUGUUGCAUUUGUAUCUGAGUUUUCUUGAAGACUUCAUGCCACAGCCUACAGGAUUACAGUUUUAAUGUAGUGGAUAUUAUUUGCCUCUGAAGACUGAGAAGAUUGGGGUCGUUCCAGUCUAACCACAUGGUAUAACUGUUUGCAAGCAAAGGGAAAAUAUGCUUAUUAACGUGCCAAAUUCUUAAUCUCUAGUUCAGUUUAUGAAAAGGAAAUUCAUUAUAUGUAAGAGCAUUAUUUGUUAUUCAAUCUUAUCCCAUGCUUCUAUCUAAGAAAAGAGCUAAAGACUAGAUGCAGCUAGGCUGGGACUGGCAAACUGAAAACUCCAGUAAAUGCUAGAGGGGCUGCUAUAAGCUGCCAUAAACUUGUGCAUUAUAAUGGGCCUGUGUGGAAUUGAAAUCCAGACAGAGCUGCAGCCAUAAAAUUACUUCUUUCAGAUCCCUGGCCUGCCCAAAAUAUAUAAGAGGUCAUUUAUUAUGAGUGAUAGGUGCUAAUGCAAGCAAAUAUUGGUCACUAAUCUUCUAAUAACCAUGUAGUUCAUUUUAAUGUAGACAUCUGCAAUGGAUUUUUUGUAUAACAAACAAAUAUUUAGCUCCCACUAAGUGUGCAACUAAUAUUGUGUUCAUUUGUAAAAGGCCACCCACCUCCUCAUACAGAUGAGCCUCAUACUGGUUGCACACUUAGGGGCCUAUUUAUUGAUGGUGUUUUUAGGGGGGAAACUCGAAUUUUUAGUGGAAAAAAAAAACCUCAAAUUUUUAGAAAUGUAUCAUACCCCAAAGCUGUUAAAACUCUGAAUCAGAAAAUACCCAUCUGAAACCUUUCGAGGUCAUUUAGAAGUCAAUGGCAGAUGUCUCUGUAGUUUUCUUGACAUUGUGAUCUGUGCUGGAUAAUCCAACAAAGGCUGCGUUUUCGUCUGAUAAUCCGAAAAAGUUGCGUUGUUGCAGCGCAAAUUCGAUAAAAUCGAGUUUUCAAAUCGUCAAUCACACAGUAUGAAUUGACGCUUGAUUUUGUUGCAAUGUUUUGUUGCUCUGAUUUUUUCGAUAAAAAUUAUUGAUGAGUUCAAUUGUGGAAGUGAGUUUGGACGACUUUGUUUUCAUAAAAAACUGAUAUACUAAUUUGAGUUUUAGUAAAUCAGUUCCUAAGAUGCUGCAUUCAAAGUCCAUGUUUUUUUUUGCAAAGUAUAAAUAAAAAGUCUAAUAUUUGUCAUACAUUAAAAAGAGAAAUUGGUAACAAAUUGCCUGUGUGUCCAUUAACGGACCCACACCAGGGGUCACUUAAGUGCAGGGCAAGGUGCAAUGUGCAAAAAAUAGGUGCAAUCCACAGAGGCCUGCAUUCAUGAAUAUGGUGCUGCCUACUUACUGCAGGGGAGGCACUCUUAGGGAAUCAGUACAGCCAGGAUAGGGAUUAAUGGUAUUUUUCCUCAUCCAAGCAGUUGCUACAGGAGACUUUUUAAAGUUCCUUCCGAGCAAACAGAUUAUCUUUUAGUGACAGGGUGUUCCUGUAGUUUAGAUUGAGGCAAAAAGGGUGAUCCUGAAAUUCAGUUAGUUUCUAAAUCUUGUCCUGUCUGACUUUGUUCUUGUUAAAAUUAUUGGUACCAUAUUAAAAAUUUGACUUGUCCUGCAUAAAGUGUUUGCUCUGUCUCAACCUGAUACUGUGCUUUUGUCUGCAGUGUAUGACUGUGGCCGUUUACUCUGCUAAUAUUCUAACAAGCAGGUUGCAGUUUUCUGGUGGCUGUGUCCUCUCCCUCUCUGCAGUGUGCACACAGCCAGGUCCGGACUGAGAAUUAAAAUAGGCCCUGGCAUUUCAGGUACACAGAGGCCCAAUCAGCCCACAUAGAGGCCCAAACAGCCCCCACCAGCCCACUAAAUACUGAAUUUCUAUGGCACCUUAUAGCAGCCCCUCUGGCAUUUGCCAGAACCCACAGAUUGCCAGUCCGGGCCUGCACACAGCCACUUAAUACAUUGUGUUCUUAUCCAGAUACAAAUCAUCUUGCUAGCAAUUUCUUAUUGCUAAGCUUACUACAUUAUGUAAGUCUGGCAAGCGUGCUUGGAAUCUGCCUUAUGAUCCAUUAUCAUUCAGCCCAAACUGUUUAGUUCAUUAAUUUGCUCUCAAAAGUUUCUUGGUGUCAUCCAACCACAGGGAUUCUAUAUAAUAUGCCCUAACUUUCCAGCCACAGGGAUUCAGUAUAAUAAAUCCUAACAGACACAUAAGCAUAAGGAAGCGCCAGUGGGCACAGGCCACAAUGGAGCCUUUUACUUACUGCUUGCACUAUGGAAUGAAGCUGCCUUGAGCCAAUCUGCGCUGGGUGCAGAGUCCAGCCAGACUCUGGAGGCAAGUGCUUUUAGAAUGAACACUAAGCGGCAUGCUUUUGCCCCUGCGUUUUAACAUGUCCUGCAACUUAAUAUUUUAAAUUCUGGAUUCUGCAGCAAAACAAUUAACUCCCCAAUUUACCCACUGCUAGCAGAAAUUUAGAGGCCCAUUUAUUAAAGGUCGAAUUUCGAAUUCAUGUGAAUUUUAUCUAUCUCGAAUAUACUCAUAUUUGAUUGGGAGGUUAUUUAAGAAAAAAAUGUGAAUGUCUAAUAUUCGAUCCGAUAGUUCCGACCCGAAAAUUCGAAUCGAAUUCGAAUCUUGAAUGUCAGGAAGGCUAUUAACAUCUCCAAAUGGCUCAACUGACCUCUGCCAUUGACUUGUACAUGAACUCGGCAGGUUUUAGGGGGCGAAUUCUUGAAUUAGGACUGUUUCCAUGGUCGUGGUGUGAUAAAUUAACAUUCGAAUAGGGAGAUUAAAAUUUGAAUGUGUGAAUUUUGACACUGAAAAAAAUUUGAAUUCACUAUUCCACCCUUAAUAAAUCUGCCCCUUAAAGUUGUCGUUAAGCUGUAACUGUGAUCUGUACCCUGUGAAUUCCACCUUAAAUAACACAAACAGCAGACGUGACAUUUUUAAACAGCCUGAUCUUUGGUCCCGGAGUAUAUGAGGUU